AUGGCGGAUCCGCUACCACAGGUGCAAAUUGAGCUCCCUGGAGACAUUGAGAUGGAAGAAUCUACAGCUCCUCCAGCUGAAGGAAACGUCGCGGAACCCUCAGGCGAAGCAGCCAAGGAAGAAGAGAAAGCAGCAGAAGUUCCAGAGACUCAACAGCCAGCUGCACCGGAAGUUAUCAGCCAACAAUACCUCUUCCUUAAUUAUCUUACUUCGCCCAUAGUACAGCUGGUGUUGGGCAAAGGCGAAGAGCAGACAACACUUACAGCGCAUCAAGCCGUUCUUGAACCCAGCCCAUUCUUCGCAGAGAAACUGGCACAAUGUGAACAAACAGGCGAGCGGCGCAUCAUCCUCGAGGACGAAUACACAGAGACAGUCGCAUGUUUCCUCCAGUUCCAAUAUACAGGAGAAUACUUCCCACGGCUACUACCUUCCGGAAAAGACCUCGAGCAAGACCCUGCCAUCCCCAAGGUCGACUCCAACGGUGACCAGCUCCUCAAACACGCACGCAUCUACAGUCUGGCUGAAAAACUCGGAAAUGAAAAGCUGAAAGCCCUCGCACAAAACAAGAUAGGCAGCAUCGAGAGUAGCGCUACCGGAGAGAUCGCAUACGCUAGAUAUGUGUAUAGCCAUACCACACCAGACGAUACUGCUAUCAGAGCGCCGGUUGCGCGCUUCUGGGCUAAGAUGAGUGAUGUCUUACGUCAUGAUGCCGAAGAGGAAUUCCGUGCCUUGUGUCUUGAUCAUCCCCAGUUCAGUUUCGAUCUACUUAAUCGUGUCCUUGACAUUAAGGAGAAACGGACCAGGGAGCGCGAGAAUACUAGCAGUCCCGCUUUCAAGGGGCCUGCGAGGAAGAGGUCCAGGGCAUUCUAG